UGACUGAACGCUGGGUCCUGUUUCCAUUUUACCACCCACCCUCCCUCUACUUUCAGCGCUAGGCUAAUCUGACAAACUGUUGAAGUAGUAAUUGUGCCAGACCCAGCUGAGCCUAGUUCCUCCCUCCCCCCACCUCCUCCCCCCCCCCCACGCUCACAGAACCCCUCGCCGCCCGCCGCUGAGACUCUCCUCGCAGCCUUCGCCUCCUCCUCCUCCUCCUCCUCCACCUCUCUCUCCCUUUCACUUUGGGUAAUAAAGGGAUUUGCGCGCAACAAAAGGGUCCGCACAACACAAAACGGGAGCCCCACAGCUGUCUCUCCAUCUGCGCCCGGCUGCCAGGAUCUCCCGCACGCAGACCUACAGCGGAGCCCGGCCGCCGCGCAGCUCGGAGAAACGCUCGCCCACCCGCCGGGGGGUCUCCCGUCCGUGGACCUCGCCGCGUUCGACCCGCGGGCGCCCGGUGAGUGUCGCGCCCGCGUUCCGGCCCUGCGUGCUCCUGGAAGACAGGUCCGGCACCGGCUCUCACAGGUUCCACAGACAGACACACACACAAGGAAACCCAUAACACACAGGCUCUCUCUCUCUUUCUGUCUCUCACUCUCUCUUUCUCUCUCUCUCUCUCAUACACACACGCACACAGAGGGGAGGAGGAAGAGAGAGUUUCUGUCCCGGCUGCAGCAUCUCCCAGCAACACACAGUGGGACAGAGGGACGAGGGCCAGGCAGUACUCAGAAACCACGGCAAGCAGCCCGACGCGCCGCAGAGCCCUCCUCGCACCGGCCAGAAGCCCGCCGCUGAGGAGUAAUCGGCCAUCACGUCCCUCGCCAGAUCAACCGGGUGAGACGGAGCCGAGGCCAGCCGGCAGGAGGUGAAGCGAAGGUCGGGUCGGAGGAGGAGGAGGAGGAGGAGGGGGGGCGGCGGCGGCGAGGGGCGGCGGGCGGGAUGGCGUCCGCCGGCAUGCAGGUCCUCGCCUUCGUCCUGGCCCUGCUGGGCGUCUUCGGGGCGACGGUGGCCACCCUGCUGCCCAACUGGAAGGUGAGCGCCGACGUGGGCUCCAACAUCAUCACCGCCAUCUCGCAGAUGCAGGGCCUGUGGAUGGACUGCACCUGGUACAGCACCGGCAUGUUCAGCUGCACCCUCAAGUACUCCGUCCUCUCCCUGCCGGCCUACCUGCAGACGGCCCGCACCACCAUGGUCCUGUCCUGCGUGCUGGCCGCCCUGGGGCUCUGCCUGGCCUCCCUGGGCCUCAAGUGCACCCGCUGGGGGGGCGGGCGGCAGGCCAAGGGGCGCACGGCGGUGGCCAGCGGGGCCUGCUUCCUCCUCUCCGGGCUCCUCUGCCUGGUGCCCGCGUCCUGGUUCACCAACGAGGUCAUCGCCAGCUUCCUGGACUCCAGUGUGCCCGAGAGCAGCAAGUUCGAGCCGGGCGGCGCCGUCUACGUGGCCUUCGUGUCCGCCGGGUUCCUGUUCGCGGGCGGGUCCAUCUUCUGCACGUCCUGCCCGGGGAAGAGGGAGGGGCCCCAGGAACUGCUCCUGUCCUCCCCCGACAAACUCCUCCAGCAGCAGCAGCAGCUGCUGCAGCAGCGUCAGGCGCACCGCCCGCCCCUCCGCCAGGAACAGCCGCGCCCGGACCAGCCCCCCCAGGAUCAGCCGCGCCAGGACCAGCUGCAGCCGGAUCAGCGGCAGCAGGAUCAGCUGCUCCAGGACCAGCAGUGCUGCGGCGCGCUGCAGCCCCCUCCCCAGGAGAGCAAGGCCGGCUACAGCCUGCAGGACUACGUCUAGCCCUCUUCACCAGGUCGCCCUGCACCGUUUCCACGGAGGCGAACUUCGCACCCGUGAAAGGACGUGACAGGAAGAAGAGAAGGAUGAGAGAUGGCUUCUCCUUCACUUGCAACGUCUCUCUUUGUUCUUUACAACAGGCAGAGGUGGGUGUAAGUAUUCCCAAAAUCACGGAACGGACAGAUUUGGGACAUCGUCUGGUCGGGCAGAAGGGGAAGCUUAAUCUGCACACCUCCGCCAUUGCAAUCAAGUUCCUUGGGAACAGGUUUCACCGACUGCAAGAAAGCAUUGUGCGCUUUUACAUGACCAAGGACUGGACAGAAAACGCAGUCAUUCAGCAGCUUAAGAACCCAGAAUAACCUGUCAUUCAAGCCGGCAAUACGUCAAACAGAUGCAAUAUAUGGAAACUGUGCUUAGCAAAAUUGUAGUUUUGAACCAUCUGCUAGUGUUGUAGUUUUAAAUUAAUAUUUUAUUUAGAUAGCAAAUAGAAUAAUGAAUGUUCUGUGACCGCAUGCUGUCUGGAGCAUGUCAAUAAUGCAGAGGAAUGCCUGGUAGAUUCUGAGACUUGCUAUAGCUACCCACUCCUGUACCUAAAGCUGUGUUUGUGUGCCACAAAAAAACUGUUUGAAAAUGAAAAGUUAGAAGCAAAAAAUGGAUGCCAAUCUUGAGACAUACGCACACAUACAGAAAAUUCUGAAAAACAAAUGUCUUUUAGUGCCAGCAUAGAAUAUGACACAACAGGGAAAUGGUCUGAAAUAGUGAUGUACUUUCCCCAUCCCUUAAGUUCCCUUUGGCUGAACACACACACAGCUCUCCUGUUUUUACACGCACUCGUACACUUUCGCUCUCAGACUCAGACACACACACACGCCCACACUGAGGAAUGUGCUUUCCCUUUACACUCUUGCCAUCCUCAGCGCCAUGGUAACGGAAUCCCGAAACCAAACAUCUUUUCUUUUUUUUUCUCCGAGCCCAUCUGUGCAAUGUGUCAGUACGGUGGGGGGACUGCCAUCCAGACCAAUUCUGUGAGCCAGUUAACUGCAGCAAUCUGCUUUGCCCAAAUAAGGGAACCUGUGUUUGGCCACACAGGCCCCUCACUGGCUUCACAUGUGCAGAGCUGAGUUCUCUUACCUCUCUCACUGAUUCUGUGGCUUUCCACCAAAACCCCACCCAUACCUGUGAACCAGUGUGAACCUCACCACAGAAAACCUAUCCUUACCACUCCAUUUCCAAACCUACCAUUGCCAUAUUAACUAUCAACCUGUUCUAAAAAGCCAUAGAGGGUUUUUAAAUACAAGGUGAAUAUUUUAUUUUUGGGUGACGGUCAUACAUGGGUUGGACCUGGCUGUAGCAUUGCACUCAUUUCAAUAAUAAUAGUUGCCAAAGAUUCAUAUGCUGUUACGUGACAUCUGUUCAUAUGCAGAUAAUUUGGUCUCUGAAAAUAAUUUAGCCGAGGGGAAGCUCUGGUUGUACAUCUACUUAGAGCCAUUUAAUGUCCAUUUAAUGUUCAAAACAUACUCAGUGUCAAUUUCAAGUACAAAACAGAUGCCUUCAUAUCAGUUUCACUCUCCAGUUUCAUGUCUGUGAUGAAUCAUAAUAGUAUGUUGAAAAUAAUAAUGCAUAAGAAAAUGUGAAAUACUGGCUUAUCCUUUAACUUUGCAAUGCAAUAUUAUCUUGGAUGUUGUACUGAAAUAAUAUGCACUUGCAUGAAUAUGCUCUCUCUCUCACACACACGCACUCACACAUUCAUACACACGCACAUACGUACACACACACACUCAAACACACACUCUCUCUGAUACACACACAUGCACACACACACACGCUCUCACAUAUACAUACACAUGCACACACUUACACAUUCACCCACACACGCGCGCACACACACUCUCACAUACACACACGCACACUGACACACUCUCUCUCUCUCUCUCGCACACACACACACACACACACACACACUUUCGCUCCUAUAUCAGGGGUAUUGCGGUUUGCGAUGACUCUGGGCUCAGGAGUGCGAGAGCAGAGCCAGGCCUGGCACUGCUGGGUAGCAGCCUGUCACACAGACUGGCCUUUGCCCCCUGUACAAAUUCUUCCCACGCACGGACAGAUGGCACCAGCCAGCCUCGGCCCCGCCCUGCUAGGACUCUACCAGGGCCCAGCCUGCUCAGUGAGAUGAGUGGCAAGGAUCCAUGGGAAAGCUCAGGCCGGGCCAUCACAUGACCAGGCAACGGUGGCCUCCAAACAAAACAACAACAUCUAAAUCAAAUAAUAUUUGAAUGCGGACUGAAAGCAGCUUCAACUCACAUAAAAUAAUUGUAUAGUUUUUUUUUUCCUCUUCUUGCCAACUUCAGAGAUUUUCAGUUGUGACAAUCUCCCUGCUUUCAUCUCUUCAAAGCCUACUGAUGCACAAGGCACAUAAACAAUUCAGCUUCUGCGGGAUUAGGGGAACAUCCCAGUCUUGUGAGCGUGCCUUCUGAGGAUUUCUAGAAUGUAUAUAUCACGUUUUGGUUUGGUUUUCCAUUCAUAAUCUUUCUACCAAAGUACUUCCUGAUUAUUUCGUGCCAGUGCCAUCCUCCUUUAAGUUUCGUGGAGGGACAACGCAUUCCGAGUCUCAUUUCAAUAUAUGCUCAUGCAACUCUUCUUUAUAAGAAGACAAGUCGUUUACACUUUCAGUAGUGUAACAUUUGCUCAAGAACAGAUUGUCUCGAGAAGAUGAUAACCAUAGAAGGCUCCUGUCAAAAUCGCGUGAACGGCCUUAGUCUUUUAUCUACCGGCUGUACAUUGUACAAUAAUGCAGACGGCAGGCGCUGCUCAUGGAUACAGUAACUCCAAAUUACACUGCAGCGAAUGAGGUAGCCUAAACCUGUGGACUUCAAUACAGACAAGUGGGCAGAGCACAACGAAUGAGAUGAAUUGUUACUUUUCUGAAGUGGCUUAUGCGCAGUACGGCUUUUGUAUGCGACUGAUUUUCGUUUGUUUUAUUUGCAGAGAAUUUACGGGCAGCUGAAACACGUCCCUGUCAUUGCAGUAUGCUUGUUGCAAGUUGUUAUAUUUUUACUAUCAAUAAAAUUAUUUUGUGGAAAUGAA